AUGCUUCUUGGGUUGGGCCCUCUUAGGACAGAUGAGCGUGGCGGACUGAAGUACCACAUCUUGGAUAUCCAAGUGUGCCGAGCUGCCUUUGCGUCGCUUCACCUCAUGGGUCAGGCUCCGCGAUUGAGGAACUUGGUCAAGGCUGUCAUGGAAGGUCGCACGCAGGCGCCCACAGACCCGCGCUACCUCAAGCGUGAGAAGUCCCAGACGUCGGUUAAGUCCGGAGAGGUCUACUCGUACCUGGAAACCUUGUACCAGUCGGUUGCCGAGCGUUUGCCUGAGGACGACGCAGCUGAGCUGGAGUGUGGUGAGGAGGGAAGCGACGACUCCGAAGCUGAGCAAUCCAAUAUCCUGCUUCAGGCCGACUGUGAGGCCUCUGUGACCGUGGGGCAUGACGCAAAGCGCUAUCUUCCACCUGGCAGCAUCUUCGACGAGUACAAGCAGUACAUAGCGCUUGGAAAUGCACAAUGCUCUUUUAAGUGCUUCCUGAACGUUUGGCAGACCCACUUCGCUGGACUGUUGGGCUUUCGCGGCAAGAGGCAGCACGCGACUUGCCCGACGUGCACCAAGCACAAGCUGCUCUUGUCGUGCAUGCCGAACGCUGCUGCAAGGUCUCGUCAGAGACUGCUCUACGACCGGCACCUAGCGGACCAGUACCGGGACAGACAAGUCUACUGGAAGGUCCGCGCCGAGUCAAGGAUGCCGGACACUCAGACGCUCAGCAUCGUGAUGGACUCCAUCGACCAGUCGAAGUUUGCUUGGCCGAGGGGAAGAAUCUUUCGGUCGAAGCAGUUUGACGGUUUUCAUAGACCACGGUUGCACAUAACGGCUUGCAUAGCUCAUGGCAAGGCCGCCUUGGUCUACGUCGCGCACAGCGACGUCUCGCACUCUGGCAGCACUACGGUGGACAUGCUGGCGCACAUGUUUACCAAGCUGCGGGAGUCCGGGGUCGCUUUGCACGAUAUGAAUGUCCAUCUACAGCUGGACAACACGGCGUCCACCAACAAGAACGCGACAGUCUUGGCCUUCGCGGCAUCCUGCGUUCAGAUGCAGCUGUGCCGAUCCCUGACCAUCUCAUUUCUGCGAGAUAUUGAUGCUUUCUUCUCGGAGAUGACGACCUAUAUCCGAAAGCGGCUGCAUUGGGCUGACAGCUUCGAUACCUUCCGCAGGGUACUACAGGACUUCCUGAACUUGGGCACGCGCAAGCAUGAAAAGCUGCGAGAGGCGAUUGUUCUGGAUCGAGUACGAAACUGGAAGGAAUAUUUCGAGUUCCUGGACUUCCAGAUGAAGGGACACACUGGCUUUCAGGAGAGGCUUCGCAAAACCAAGAAGUACGUGUCCAUGAUUCUCAAAUAUGCGGACAUGCUUGCCAGCCCUGACUUUGGUAUGCCCCUCGCUACAAAGGAGUUGCGUGAAUGGGUAACUGCGACGCGGAAGGAAGUACCUGAACUGAGUGUGAAGCAUUGCGCCUUCUUUCCCCGACACCCGUCUGUCCAUCUGGCUCAGCCGUUGGUCGCAAGCGGCUCUGAGAAUGACGCUCCCGGCGACAGCGUCAAAGAAGCAGAAGGGCUGGAAGUCCCCGCGGCGCAAGUUGUUGUGUGCGAGAGGAAGUCGCAGGCAGUGUCUCGCAAACGCAAGCUGCAGGAAGACGCAACAGCGAAGCAGGCCGAGUCAGAGGCAAGCUUCAAGAGCAGCACUGUGAUGUUUCUGAUGAAGCAGCAAGACUUCAACCUAGCUGAAGCAUCAAAGAUUGCAGAUGUCGCUUGGCGGAAGAAGCAGCUCCAGGAUGCGACGAGAUCAAAACCUGGACCAGCAACAGCUGGACCGAAACGUCGAUCUCCUCUUCUCGAUGCUGCAGAAGAUGGCAGUGAUCACGAGGUGACUGGGCGCUGGGAUUGCAAGUUCCUGAUUGCCUACUAUGUUUUCACCGUAGAAUGGACAAACUUGAUGUGUGAAAUCAAUCCUCCACCCCUGUUCAAUGACAAGGAGGCCAACAAAGCUUUGGAUGUCCCUGACGGCGAGGAGUUCUCAGGGCCGUCUGCUGCCCGGGGGAGCAGGGAUUGA